UCCCCAGCCAGCAACCAGUCCAAACAGGUAGUCCUCAUAGUGAUGAAGUACCUGGAUUUGUGAUAUGGGCGGUUUCCAGCGGAUUUGAAAGCCCUCUUCUUCUCUUCAAGCAGUUGCAUGUAAACAAAACACAAGGUCUAUUUCAAGAUGGAAAUCUGGCCGCUUAUCCUGAUUUUAGUGUUCGUGGUGGAACAAGGAUUGGCUAUUAAGUGCUAUCAAUGCAGCUCCACAGAGGACCAACGACAGCCCACAGGGGUUUGGUCCGAAGAUCAGUAUACUCAAAACAGAUAUGAGGAUAAUUGUGGCGUGUAUUGGCCGUUUGAGCCGUAUCGUAAUGUUCCUGUGGAGUGCAAUUCCGACGAAUCCCACAAUCCUGGAACCUUUUGUGUCAAGAUUGUGAAACAGGGCCCAAAGGGAUUCAUUUGGGAUGGCCGAUGGCGAAUGGUAAUCCGUCGUUGUGCGUCCGUUUCCGACACUGGCGUUACUGGUGUAUGCAACUGGGGCGUCCUGGAAAAUGGGGUCUAUUGGGAAGAAUGUUAUUGCUCCUCGGAUGGCUGCAAUUCGGCGGAUUUCUUAAGCGCCAACACCAGCUUCAGCCUCGUUCUCGCUGUUAUAACCCUACUCAGUGCAAAAAUUCUAUAGAAAUAAACUUGUUUUUGUAUAUUUUUCAAAAAACAA